CGAGGAGGAGGGGAUGGGGAGCCGCUGACGAUGCUGCGUGCGCAGCUUCAGUCUGGAAUCGCUACGACGGAGCCGCAAUGAAGAGAUAAAUAGCGACGAUAUCUAUUUAUUUUUGGAGUAUUACGGCUCUAAUUUCUUUGUUAAUUGGAGUGAAGCGGUCCGAGGCGAAAGGCACUAAUGUACACCUCUGUUUAGCGGACCAUCAUGGAAGGCAACGAUGAUGUGCGUCUGAACGCAGCACAGCCGCAGAAUGAUGCUGAGGAGGGAAGAGGGGAAGUCCUUGGUAAAGUGGAAGACGGAGCAAACCCUCUUGCCGGUGACUCCGUGACCAAAGGAGGGCUCUCUAACCACAUAGACGAUCCAUCGCCAUCGGUGGUCGGUCCCGCAGCCGAGUCUCCUGGAGGAGUGGCCCUGAAAGUGGCCACCACCGUCCUCCACCCUGUGUGUCUGGGAGAGAGUCCGCUGAUGCUGCCCAUCCACCUCCAGAUGGCCGGAGCGGCCGCGCCUCAGCUCGGACAAAUAGGGGCGGCGCCAUUUUUGAUAGCAGGCCAAAGCCCGGUGUCACUCCCAUUGGUCCUAGACCAGCAGGUCCUCCAGCACAUGAGUCCGACCAUCAUCCCUCAAAGCGCCACCUGUGCGCAACUGCCCCUCCAGAACAAUGUCCUGUGUCAGAAUGCUCUGUCGUUCAGUUUGCCUCCAGCUAUCGACCCAAAGGCAGCUGGACAGACACAGGAAGCCAGCCUGCUGUCCCUCCUGCAAAAUCCGGCAUUUGCAGCCAUCCUGCAGGAUCUUUUCCCUCCUCAGGCAGGAUCUUCUGCCUGUCAGUCCCCAGGCUCUGCCUUUUUCCCCCUUCCUCCCCUUACACCUCCCUACACCUCCCCAUUGGCUCCUCUGGUUCCCCCUGCCACUCUCUUAGUCCCCUAUCCUGUGAUCAUUCCCCUCCCAGUGCCUCUGCCUGUCCCUCUCCCCAUCCCGAUCCCCAUUGCUCAAAGUGAGGACUCGAAAGGGAGCAUGCCAAAACCAGUUUGCACUGUGAAUAAAAGCACUCAGACGUCACCAAGAGAUACUACCUCUCCCUCUUUAUCUUCAAAGAAGUGCACGCCUCAACCACAGCCACAGAACGCGUCCCUGUCCUCACUGCCUCUAGAGGAAGGACAGGUCCUGGACCUUUCCGUCAGGGCGUGUCCGAUCGAACCAAAACAGGAAAAUCCCAGUCCUCACCAGGACAACGUGCUUGAUCUGUCCGUGCCCAGCGUCAGGAAAAAGUGUGUCCAGUCAGAGAAGAAAGUAGCUUUAGAGUCUGGCCAAGGCGCCACCAAUGCCGCGUUGUCACUGGGCGUCGAAUGCACGCCGGGUUUAGAUUCCAAACUCCUGGGCAGCUUGACCUCACUGGAGUUCAGCCGGCAACACAAGUGGCUGGUUGACACCGGCGUCGCUGGAUCCAGCUCUCUGAACCAGGAGGCGUCUCUCGGCGGAGCCGGGAACCUGGAGAUAGUCAGCACAUCGCAGACGGCCAAGGUCAUCGUCUCCGUGAAGGACGCCAUUCCUGCCAUCCUGUGUGGGAAAAUCAAAGGCCUUUCAGGGGUCUCCACCAAGAACUUCUCCAUCAAACGGGAUGGCAGCCAGGGGGCCUCCCUGCAGCAACUCUACGCCAUGCCGUCAUCGUCUCACGGGGAGCAAGACCCCAACAACACCCAUAAAAAGGUCACUAAAAACAGAGCCAUCAAGCUAAAGAAGGUCAGCUCCCAGGAGAUCCACUUCCUCCCAAUUAAGAAGCAGAGACUUGCUGCGCUGCUGCCUAGGAAGUGAGAGGGCUCCCAGGAGGGAGGAGAGGGGAGAUUAAUGGCUGCAUGACUCCACCAUCUCCCCUGAUAGUAUAAUAUAACACUCACAUGAGGGGCAUUCUGCACUGAGAAUCAAACAUUCAUCUGUCCAAUCAGAGAGCAGCUUUGGCUCAGAAAGCAAAGCUCUGUGUGAGAUAUUAAAUUUCUCUGAACUGCUGUGUUUUUUUCUUUAGUAAUGCGUGAGAAUACGUUGUGUUAUUAUACUGAAAUGUGUUGUGUAUGGCAGCUUCUCUCACUCAUUGUGUGUGUCUCAGUAAAUGGGAGACGUCGAUUUUGUAACACGUCACAUAAACCCAAACAAUCCCUUUCAGGCACGGUAAAGAGGCACGGCUCCCAUUCCUCCGUCCAAGCUUUCCGUUCCACAUGUACGUUUUUCAUAGAAGUGCACUGAAAACCUGAAAAAAAAAAAAAAGGUGUAUACUGGUUUGACCAAGACUGUUCAAACAUGUCACUGGAAAUUCCCACUGACAUCGAAGCUCACUGGAGCGAAGCGCUCCUUCCUGAUUGGUCGGGGUGAUUUAGCACGACAGGCUAACGAAGACUUAGCAAAGACCGCAGCCGUAAAUUCAUUGGACAAAUCUUGCCAACAUCUGACAGUCGCAAAGCAAGAUGGCUUCGUAUUUUCCUGAAAAGCAAAGGCUUUUGUAAUGGUUUUCACUUUUAAUCCGUGAGUUGAUCGGAACGCAGGGAAAACUAAUGGGGUGGGUGGGAAUAAGAGCUGCUUUUGUUGUGUCACGAUGCCUUGCGAACGUAUUUUAAUUGUUUUGUUUUGUUUUUUUUCCACAUUUUGUCCGUUUAUCACCACAAACUAGAGUCUGUUUUAUUGGGAUUUUAUGUGAUCAAUCAACACAAAACAGCUCACAGCUGUAAAGUGAAAGGAAAAAAAUAUUCCUAAAAUAAUGGCCAUUUUUUGCCAGGAGAUUUUGUCAACAAAAUAAAGAAAUAUAAAGGGUUCUUUUGAAAAGGUAAAAAAAAAAAGACAUCACUUUUGACA